CCUCAAUCCCUAGCUCUUGUAACAACAACACCCACAACCACCACAAGACGAGGGCGAGAAAGAGAGAGAGAGAGAGAUCCCUCUUUUUAUUUUCUCGUACACAUCUCAAAAAAACAAAAAGGCUGGUCGCACCACACACCAUUAGACCACUAAAAUAAAAAAGCAUACAUCAAUGGAAGAGAAGCUGAUCUUCUACCCCCAAUUUCUGUUUCCUCCACUCCAUUAAAGGGUCUGAACGCCUGGUAAGGACUCGGUCUUGGGUCAUGCCUUGGGAGAUCAGGCAUGCUACCAACCCGACUACUGAGGUGUAAUCAGCAAUAGUAUUUAAGACAUUUUAUGGCAUUCAGAUGCAUAGGGAGGAGCCAUGGAAGUACUGUCAUGCUCAGAGGUUCAAUAUGUUGGUGAAUCCAAUUGCCCCCAGCUAAGUUCAGGAACAAAACCAUCUGAUGACAUCCAUGAAGAAAAAGUGAGGCCAAUGCAAUUAGAUUGUCCUCGACAAAGGUCACGGGAAGCAGAUUGUGCCAAAAAAGGGCAAGGAGAUGAACUAUCAAAUGACACACACAAAAGAGAAGUUGGCAUUCUUAGAGGUGAUUCUCCUCAACGGAUUGGAUAUGAUCUAAACAGGGCCCGUGAGGAAGAAGGUAGCUUGCUGAAAGUGGAGGAGAUAAGCAAAGAGGAUGGUGAUCGAGGAAGCAAUGGAUUACGUCCAUGUCCUAAUUUCCUUUGCAGUGGAGAGCCCAACUGCCUUAAACAAGAACGAAUUCAACUAGCAGAUGCUAUAUGUAAGGAAGAUGAAUCUGAUAUAAGUGCAGAGUCAGCCCAGAAAGAUGAACCAGGUGAAGAUGAAGGACAUGACCUACUUAACAGCAAACAGGAGGGAGAAGGUGGCCUUCUAGAAGAUGACUGCCCAGAGCAAGAUGAAACUGCAGCAUUGUGGGUGAAGUGGAGGGGAAAGUGGCAAGCGGGAAUCCGUUGUUCAAGGGCUGAUUGGCCAUUGUCAACUGUAAAGGCAAAGCCAACACACGAGAGAAAGAAGUAUGUUGUUAUAUUCUUUCCCAAUAAGGGGAUACAUUGUUGGGCAGAUACAUUACUUGUCCGUUCAAUCGAUGAGUUCCCAAAGCCUCUUGCUCAUGGUACCCACUAUAGUGGACUGGAAAUGGUCAAAGACUUGACCGUUCCACGCCGCUUUAUCAUGCAAAAACUUGCUCUUGCCAUGCUGAAUGUGAGCGAUCAGCUUCAUAUUGAGGCCGUGGUUGAGAGUGCUCGCCAGGUGGAGGUUUGGAAGGGAUUUGCUACGGAUGCUUCUCGAUGUGAAGGUUAUUCUGAUCUUGGAAGGAUGCUGUUGAAGAUUCAAAGUAUAAUGUUGCCAGCCUACAUAAAUCCUGAUUGGCUUGAAGAUUCUUUUGGCUCUUGGUCACAACGUUGUCAGAAAGCUCAAAGUGCCGAAUUGAUUGAAACUCUAACAAAGGAAUUAGACGAUUCCAUUCUAUGGAAUGAAAUUGAUGCGCUGUGGGAUGCACCCACCCAGCCUGAUUUGGGUUCCGAAUGGAAGACUUGGAAGCAGGAAGUCGUGAAAUGGUUUGCAAUAUCACAUCCCUUAGCGAUCGUUGGAGAUGUGGAGCACCGAAACUGUGAUGAUUCUCCAUGUGCAGUUCCCCAAAUCAGCAGGAAACGACCCAAGCUUGAAGUUCGUCGAGCAGAGAUGCAUGUGUCUCGAGUGGAAGCAGACGGCUGUGGGUCACGCUCCCAGGCUAAUGGAGUAGAGACUGAUUCUCAGUUUUUCAAUUGCAGGACCCUAGAAUCUUCUUCAUCUGCAAGUGGGCCACUUAAAGGGGAAUCAGUUACGGGAGCAUCAGCUGCUACGAUGGAGUACCCAGGAAGUGUGGCUGAUGGAUGGUAUGAGAUUGUAGUUGAAGCUGGGGAUCCAUCAUUAAUUCGGCCUGCAGAAGAAGCAGGUGAUCCUGUGGAGGUGGGGAGUGGUAUGAAACCUUCAUUGGAUGUCCAACGCGGGUCUCAUCCUGUGUAUACCUACCGCCGGUGUAUGGCCUUCAUUGAGGCUAAGGGAAGGCAGUGCGGAAGGUGGGCAAAUGAUGGGGAUGUGUACUGUUGUGUGCAUUUGAGCCCUCGAUCCGUGGACAAAACUGUUUCCAAGGCCGAAGAAACUCCUCCCUCUACAGAGUUUAUGUGUGAGGGUACAACCAAUCUCGGCACACGAUGUAAGCAUCGGUCUCGAAUUGGAUCAUCAUUUUGCAAGAAGCAUCGAUUUCAGGGUUCGACAGGUAUGGAGAGGCCGUUGUUUUCACCAGGGAAUAUGAUUGAGAGAACAAACAGUGAGAACAGAGACUUGUUUGAGAAGAUUUCUAGCUUGGAAACUGUGUCUGGCAAAGAAAUAGUUUUGUUUGGCGAAGUUCCUAAUGCUAUACCAAAGAAUUCAAGCCCAGUUAUGGAGGGAGAAGCCUUGGAUGGAAGAAGCGGUUUGAUGGAAAAAUCUGAACACUCUUUUGCAUCAUCUACUCCUGUGAAAUGCUAUAGUGAAGAGUUGCCAAGUUGCAUUGUGUGGUCUACUGAAACUAAUGAUCAGUGUCAAGAGAGAGCAAGGCGGCACUUGCUAUAUUGUGAUAAACACAUCCCAGGCUUUCUUAAACGCGCAAGGCAUGGGAAAAGUCGGUUAAUAUCCAAAGACACUUUCACUGAUCUUCUCAGUAAUUGCAGCUCGAGGAAACAAAAAGUGCAAUUGCACCAAGCAUGCGAUCUUCUUUAUGGGUUCAUGAAAAGUGGCCUCUGCCGCAGAAACAUGGUUUCCAAGGAAAGCCUUGUGGAGUGGAUAUUGUCUGAGGCCUCUAAGGAUCUAAGUGUUGUAGAAUGGUUGUUGCAGGUGGUUUCACGUGAAAAGGAGAAAAUUGGAAAGCUUUGGGGCUUUGACGCCGAUGAGGAUAAGCCACUGCCUUCUUCUGUUAAUGAGCCGGUGGUUAUGCCAGAAGCAAACAAGGGCAGUCACGGCGUUCUGAUGACUCUUAAAUGCAAGAUUUGCAUGAAUGAGUUCUCUGAUGAUCAAGUACUUGGUGCCCACUGGAUGGACACACACAAAAAAGAAGCUCAGUGGCUGUUCAGAGGCUAUGCAUGUGCCGUUUGCUUUAAUUCAUUUACUAACAGAAAAGUUCUUGAGACCCAUGUGAAAGAGAGGCAUGGUGUACAAAUCCUUGACCAGAGCAUACUGUUUCAAUGUAUGCCUUGUGGCAGCCAUUUCGUGAAUCCCGAACAGUUAUGGUUGCAUGUUCUUUCAUCACACUACAUGGAUUUCAGGCUGCCAAUCGCUUCUCAACAGCGUAACCUGUCUGCAAACCAAGCUGUUCAAGCAAAGGUUGUGGUAGGCAACGAGCCCCUGCCAAAUGAUGAUGUAUUGGAGAUUCACUAUGAUAAUCAAGAUGUGUCUCGUAGAUUCAGUUGCAGAAUAUGUGGGUUGAAAUUUGAUCUCCUACCUGAUCUUGGGCGCCAUCAUCAAGUCACUCAUAUGGGCCCUAAUCCUCUCAGUCACUUCCCUCCAAAGAGUCGGAACCAUUUGAACCGUGCUAAACUAAAACCAGGCAGACACGGCCGUCCUAGAUUCAAGAAAGGUCUUGGAGCAGCAUUUCGAGUCAGGAAUGCUACUAGCUUUGGUGCAAAGCAGUUCGAGGAGCCAAGUUUGGCGAACUUUGAAGGAUUGAAAUUUCUAACGCAGGUGUCUGAAAAAUCAGUUCUUGAUGGAUCUUUGGAUUCUCGCUGCUCAACUGUCGCAGAAAUCUUGUUCCCUGAGGUUCAGGAAUCAAAACCCCGGCCAAGUAAUCUUGACAUUCUUUCGGUUGCUCGGACUGCUUGCUGUAGGGUUAGCCUCCAUGCCGCACUUGAAGAGAAGUUUGGGGUCUUGCCUGAACGGCUGUAUCUGAAGGCAGCAAAGCUUUGCAGUGAAUUGAAUAUUCAAGUGGAGUGGCACUUGGAAGGUUUUAAAUGUCCCAGGGGGUGCAAACCCGCUGGCAGCUCCCAUUCUUUGGCACCUUUGACAGCUCUUCCUGAUGUUUUCGCGGGAAUGCCGCCUGCACCAGCCAACGAUCUUAUGAAUGAUCAAGAAUUGGAGAUGGUCGAAUGCCACUAUAUUGUCAGCUCAAGGCAUUUCAAACAGAAAGCUACACGAAAAGUCAUUGUUUUAUGUGAGGAUGUGAGCUCUGGAAGAGAAUCAGUUCCGGUGGCUUGUGUAGUGGAUGAGGAUCUAAAGAAAUCCCUCCAUGUAAAUUCUGGCAGCUCCAUGCCUUGGGAGGGCUUCACUUAUGUCACAGAACGGUUGCUCGAUCCAUCUGUCGGUCUUGAUGCAAAGAGUUCACAGUUAGGAUGUGCUUGCACAGACGCAGCAUGUCAUGCGGAAAAAUGUGAUCAUGUUUACCUCUUCGACAAUGAUUAUGAAGAUGCCACUGAUAUUGAUGGCAAACCAAUGCAAGGAAGAUUCCCAUAUGAUGAAAAGGGCCUGAUCGUUUUAGAGAAGGGUUAUCUUGUCUAUGAGUGCAACUCCCUUUGCAACUGCGAUAGAAGUUGUCGGAAUAGAGUUUUGCAGAAUGGGGUGCGAGUCAAAUUGGAAGUCUUUAAAACAGAGAAUAAGGGUUGGGCAGUCAGAGCAGGCGAACCCAUUUCACGUGGGACCUUUGUAUGUGAGUACAUUGGGGAGGUUUUGAGUGAUCAGGAGGCAAACAGAAGGGGAGAAAGGUAUGAAAACAAAGGCUGCAGCUAUUUGUUUCACAUGGAUGCUCCUGUUGAUGAUAUGAGUGGAUUGAAUGAGGGAAUGGUGCCAUAUGUGAUUGAUGCAACAAGAUAUGGGAAUGUUUCACGGUUUAUUAAUCACAGCUGCUCGCCAAAUCUCAUAAGCUAUCAAGUUCUAGUGGAGAGCAUGGAUUGCCAGCUUGCACAUAUUGGGCUCUAUGCGAGUCGAGAUAUUGCUGUGGGGGAAGAACUAGCAUACUACUAUUGCUACAAAUUACGACCUGAGGGAGGUUGCCCUUGUCUCUGUGGUGCUUCAAACUGCCGCGGCUGUCUGCACUAAGCAAUCAUGAAACAUGCAAUGACAAACCUGGCCACCUUGGAAGCAAAUGGAAGCUCGCCCCAGUUUGCAGCGCUGAAGAUACCUUGGGAAAUCUGGAAUCCAGAGAGGUGGGAAAAGCUUCUCUCCUGCUUGGGCUGUUCAGACAAAAAAAGAAAAAGAAAAAAAGAAAAGGAAAGAGAGAAGAUGGCAGCACCACUGAGCGAGCAUAUGACUCAAUCAUAUCUUGCUGAAUCCAAGAGCUGGUAUUCCAUUCUGUGAUAUAUGCUGUUAUUCAUUCUUCAGGUGGCCCGCGCACAAAUUGAAGGUUCUGAUCGCUUCAUUUGUAGCAAAAUCGUUUGCUGACUGUACAAGAUACUUUUUUUUAAAAAAAAAAAAAUACACAAUCUUGAAAACGAUUUUGCUCUCUAAUUUUUUUAUUUUUUUUUCAGCCAGUUUUCAAUACCAAUUGUGAACAGAAAGUUCGUCAACCCAUUUUACCAUUUUGGUCGAUUGGCCAACUUUGCACGCA